UCGAUUCAGAUCGCGAUUUUGUUGUUUGACAUUAGUUUGACAUAAUUUUUGGCAUUUCAAGAAAUUACCAGUAUGUGUGCAGGUUCUCCUACUAUUAACGGACUAGACUUCUAAGAUAACGAUAGAACUCGAACUUUGUCAUCCGAAGUUCCAGUAAAGGGGAGAGUUGAAGUUUUGCUUGGAUUUCUAAAACUGCUUAGACCAAGGAUAACCAUGAUAGAUGCAUCUGAAGAUUCAAGCACUAGUGAUCAAGCUGAUACUCAAGAGGCAAAGUUAAUUGCAGUCAGCACUGAACAUACCUCUGAACAAUCCAAUAAUAUGGCUGAAACCAUCCUCAAUGCAGCAAUAGAUCAUGAAAUGGAUGGAGAAGAAAACAUAGAUGGCAAUGAAGAUGAGGAACUGAAUGAAAAAAAAUCAAAAACUGCAGGUGGAUUCACUGGAAGAGGAGUCACCCUACAAAUGUUACUUGAAGACAAUAUCCUUCAGCCGAAAGAGGGUGCCAUGUCGCUCGAAUAUAUGGGUCAAAAAUUUAAUGGGGAUUUGUUAGCAGAUGGAAAAAUUUUUUCUGCUGAAGUCCAAGAAGUUUUCAGUUCCCCAAGCGCAUGGGCCCUACGCUGCAAAAAAAUUGUCAAUCCUGAGCAAAAAUACGGAUGCGGCUGGUCAUCGGUUCGAUAUUGUGGUAGGCCUUUGGAUGUAUAUAAAAAUCAGUGGAUGCGUAAACGACGACUGGAACAGGUUAGUGACAAUUCUACUCCUGAUGAUUGUCAGAUGUCCAACAACGACCCUGUAUUACUGGAAACGGAACCCGAAAUGGUACCAAAUGUCAAAUCUACUACCGAUCGACAAAUAAUUAAGCAUGAAACGCUAGGAAACAGAACGAGUAUCGAGGAUCCAAAUUUGUUGAUUGAAACUAUAUCCUUUGCAAACAUAGGAAAACUUCAACCCUUUUUAAUAUCAUUGAAUACGGCUGUCUUAAUUGUGAUGGAAGUACAUUGCUCCCUGACACGAUCCGAAGUUGUUGGAUACCUAGCGGGGCAAUGGGACAUCAACACAAACACACUCACGAUCAAGCAAGCUUUUCCGCUUUUGAAUCGGAAUGAGGAAAACAAACGUGGCCAAAGUACUGAAGUAAAAAUCGCCCAAUCUAUGGAGAACUCCGGACUUUGUCUGGUAGGAUGGUACCAUAGCCAUCCGCUUUCGCCUCCAACUCCAACGGUACAAGAUAUUGACUCACAGCUUGAACACCAGUUAAGGCUGAAGGGAACCGGCGAGCAAGGUUACCGUCCCUGCGUUGGGAUGAUUUUAUCGCCAUUUCUUCGCACUGAUCCAAACCAAACAAACUCAGCAAGCCAUUUAGCUUGUUAUUGGGUCUGCCCGCCCGCCGAAUCUCGACCACUUGAGCUUGGCCGCCCCAUGGCUAUGCAAUACAAUGUGGUGUAUGAUACUUCCGCAAAAGAAGACGUAGUCUCGAAAUUGGAAACAUGUCUAAAGUUUUAUCAGGAUUCUCCUGAUCGCACAGACUUUGACGAAAUAUGGUGUGAGGAACUAACUUUCUUUGAUAAACUAAAAACAUCGAUAAUGUCCAGCAUGCAGAGUGAAAAAGAUGCUGUGGUUAUGGACUUGAUUGAUACACUUCAAACCGCGAUCAAAAUUGGAUCACUGAAAACAGAUAUUGAAAACGUCGUUUCUACGAAAUCAGCAGAUGGUGAGCCUCAGAAUAAUGCAAAAGAAAUACAAUGCUUGUGAGACAAGAA